AUGUCAUCCUACGAGUCUUGCCACCAGGACCUCCUCAGGCACCUUAUGCCUCUCGCAUGUCCUCGAAAAGUCGCUGCCUUUACCAGGAAUAAGAAAAAGUUCCACUUUGACCGCACCCUACAGAUGGAAGAAUUAGCCGGCUUCCGUGCAACUACCGCCGAUUUCACAGACAGUGAUGGAAUAACAUACGUGCAGGCCUGUACCCGCGGUGCUUACGGGUCGGUGUGUACACGUACCCGUGGCGGGUGCGGUGUUGGCGGGUACGGGUACGGUGUUGAGUUUCCGACCCGCGGUGUUACCCUUGCGGAACCCUAG